GUCAAGUACUCAAGCCGUCUAAAACCCAGAUUUUGUAACCCAUGAGUAAUAGUGCAAAAUGAAACCAUUCGCCGGUUGCCCAAUUUCAAGUUAGGAAGGAAAAUUAGUAGAAAAAUUGUUGUGUAAAUGUACAUGCGUGAAAAUAGUUCAGCAGAGUAAUUUCAAAGUUUAGAAUUGCCUGAUUUCUAGGGAACAUUCUCAUCCAAACUUUUCAGUCCUACACCAUAGAUAAUUCAAAAUGAGUCAAGGUUCACAAGAAAGUCUUGAUUCUCAAGAAAAACAGCCUCUUCUUCAACAAUUGUCUCCAGAACGUACAAGGGUUACUGAGCCUCUAGUUUUAUUCAGCAUCAAUCUCCCAGAAGCACUAGAAGGUCAGCCGAUAGAUUCAGACACUCAGCAUAUUGAAGCUUCUCACAAUAGCAACAUUGAUGAUGAAGAAGCAAUCUUCGCCAAUGACACCUCAGAACAGAAGAUUAUGUUACUUCAAGAACCCUCUCAAGCACAUAGGCCUAUUUCAAAUUGUGAAACAAUGGUCCACCUACUAAAAGGGAACAUAGGAACUGGGAUAUUUGCCAUGCCAGAUGCAUUUAAAAAUGCUGGGUUACUGGUUGGUUCAAUUGGAGUUCCCAUUAUGGCUGUCAUUUGUGUCCACUGCAUGCACAUACUGGUCAAAUGUGCUGCAGUCAUGAAAAAGAGAAAAGGAGAUCACUUCAUGGACUACGCUGAUGUAGUGGAAACUGCUUGCCAAACAGGGCCAGUCAAAAUGGUUCCUUACAGCAAUUUUGCAAGGAUACUGAUCAAUCUUUUUCUAUGUAUAACACAAUUUGGAUUUUGCUGUGUUUACAUUGUUUUUGCGGCAACAAAUUUCGAACAAGUGGUGGCUCAUUACAUUCCAACCGUCACGCUGAGUAUUCGAUCCUACAUGGCUAUCAUGACAGUAUUUCUCAUACCGCUCUGCUUGAUUCGAAAAUUAAAAUACCUGUCGCCUGUCUCUCUCCUGGCAAAUAUCCUGCAAACAAGCAGUCUCAUUCUCAUCUUUUACUACAUUCUUCAAGAUUUGCCUAACGUGUCGUCGCGUCCCGCAUUUGGCUCCUGGAAAACUCUGCCACUUUAUUUCGGCACAGCUGUGUUCGCUUUUGAGGGAAUAUCGCUUGUGUUGCCAUUACAAAAGGACAUGAGAACGCCACAACAGUUUGAGGGACUAACUGGAGUGUUGAAUACUGGAAUGGUCACGGUCUCAGCGCUUUACUUUGCUGUCGGCUUUUAUGGCUAUCUGAAAUACGGAGAAGUCAUUAAAGGAUCCAUUACGCUCAAUCUUCCAUCGGAAGACUUAUUGGCGCAAUUGGUGAAAUUAAUGAUGGUGUUGGCUAUUUUGGGAAGUUAUGCUGUUCAGUUUUACGUCCCAAUGGAAAUCAUUUGGCCCACUUUAUCAGCAUACUUUCAAAGUAGUAGAAGCAAAUUGAUUGCAGAGUAUAUAUUCCGGACUGUUCUCGUCAUAGUAACUUUUUGUCUAGCGGCUGCCAUUCCUAAACUAGAUCUCUUCAUAUCGUUAGUGGGGGCAUUCAGCAGCUCGUUUUUGGCUCUGGUCUUCCCACCCGUCCUGGAACUAAUCACUUUCUGGCCGAAUGUGGGCCGUUGGACGUUGGCCAAAAACUCUCUGAUCAUUGUCUUUGGAAUUAUCGGUUUCCUAGCUGGGACGUAUGCCAGUGUCGAGUCUUUGGUAGAUGCUUUCUCCACAUAAUUUAGAGACUCACAACCCUCUUUUCCCUCUCGUUUUCGGUGUCGUAAUUACCUUGUUGUCUCUACUCAAUGUGCUUCGUAUGACUUCUAGACACGUCAGGUCUCCUUUUAACUGCCCGAUUUGAUCAGUGAAGUCGGUUUGUACAUCCAUAUCAAUAAAUAUUGUUGGUGGUA